AGGCGGGAUCACCCAUUGAGUUUAAGCAUAUCAAUAAGUGGAGGAAAAGAAACUUACCAGGAUUCCCCUAGUAACGGCGAGCGAACCGGAAAGAGCCCAGCUUGAGAAUCGGGCACCCUCGACGUCCGAAUUGUAGUCUGGAGAAGCAUCCUCAGUGGCAGAUUGGGCCCAAGUCCCCUAGAAAGUGGCGUCAGAGAGAGUGAGAGCCCCGUUGUGCCCGGACCCUAUCACACCACGAGGCGCUGUCCGUGAGUCGGGUUGUUUGGGAAUGCAGCCCCAUUUGGGUCGUAAAUUUCGUCCAAGGUUGAAUACGGGUGAGAGACCGAUAGUGAAUAAGUACCGCUAGGGAAAGAUGAAAAGAACUUUGAAAAAAGAGUCAAAGAGUGCUUGAAAUUGUCGAGAGGGGAGCGAAUGGGGGCUGGCGAUGCGCCCUGGUCAGAUGUGGAACGAUGAGAGUCGAUCCACCGAUCGGCUCGAGGCAUGGACCGAUGCGAGUUACGGUGGUGACCCAAGCCCAGGCUUUCGAUGUGCCUGCAGAGAUGUCGUCGUCACGAUCAUGGAACACAGCACGCACCAUCUGGACGUGCCCUGGCACCAGUGUGCUCCAGGCAUCGGCCUGCGGGCUCCCUAUUCGACCCAUCUUGAAACACGGACUAAGAAGUCUGACAUGCAUGCGAGUCAACGGGCCAAGAAACCCGUAAGGCACAAGAAAAUUGAUUGGCGGGAUCCCUCGCUAGUGCACCGUCGAUCGAACUUGAUCUUCUGAGAAGGGUUCGAGUGCGAGCAUGCCCGUCGGGACCCAAAAGAUGGUGAACUAUGCUUGAGCGGGGCGAAGCCAGAGGAAACUCUGGUGGAGGCCCACAACGAUAUUGAUGUGCAAAUCAUUCGUUUGACGUGGUUACAGGGGCGAAAGACUAAUCGAACCAUCUAGUAGCUGGUUCCCUCCGAAGUUUCCCUCAAGAUAGUUGGAGCCCCCGUCGAGUUCUAUCGGGUAAAGCCAAUGAUUAGAGGCAUCAGGGGCGUAAUGCCCUCGACCUAUUCUCAAACUUUAAAUAGGUAGGACGGCGCGACUGCUUCGUUGAGCCGUGCCACAGAAUCGAGAGC